UCACCUAUGUAAUAUAAAACUGAUGACUAGGCAGCAUGGUCUCUGAUCUUAGCCUGUUCUUUGUGGAACGAAUAAAAAAAAAAUCUAUUCUAAUUUCUAAAGAUUGGAUUCAUUGGAUUGAUAGGUAUAUACGCUAAAAAUUUUACUUUAUUGAGUUUGAGACAAGUCUCAUCGCAAGUGAAUUUCUACUUAGUAUCACAUUUGGUGGGCCGUCAGAUUAUAUUUCUAUGGUAUUGACUAUUGGCGGAAAUACAACAUGAUUCAUUUUAAGGACGGGAAAAAUAAAACUUCGGCCUUAACCACAAGAUGGGCCCAAAUGUCCAAACAAGAACAAAUUAUAGAGAAGAAGAAGAUGGAGAUCCAGGCAAAGUUGGAAGCCCAAAAGCAAGCUGCUUUAUUAGCAGCUCAGGCAAAACUCACCAAGCCAAUUGACAAAGAAGACUCUAAUUCUGCAAAUAUUUUUUCGAAUGAUGGCAGCUUUAUGAGCCAGUACAAAUCUCUUCUUGAAAAACAAAAGAGGGAACGAGAGGAGAAAGAACUUAAGGAAAAAAUGGAGGCACAUGAAGCUGAAAUUAAAACUAAGAAUAAAGAGAGACAUGAACUUGCCUCGACAGAAGAUCAACAUUAUCAGUCAAUUGAAACACAAAGUCCAAACGAAAAAAGACCAAGAGAUAGACAAAGAAGAUGGACGGAUAGAGGCAAGAAUUUAUCCCACAGCCCAUCUACACCAGUAAUAGAAGACCGAAUAAAAAUGGUGGACAAUAAAAAUAUUCCUUCACUUAUGCAAGUCCCAGUCAUGCCUCCUGAUCCACCAACUCCACCUUCAAAUUUUAAUCAGUGGAUUCAUGAUGACCAUGACCAAUCACUUGACUCAAAGGAUAGCAAUCCCAAUGAUGAUAGUCCAGAUUCUAAUUUACCAUCACAUGGUCCUAUGGUUCCAUUAGGUUUUGGUCCGAUGGGACCCAGGUCAAUGGGUCCUGGUCCGAUGGGUCCUGGUCCAAUGGGUCCUGGUCCAAUGGGUUCUGGUCCAAUGGGUCCUGGUCCAAUGGGCCCUAUGGGCCCUGGUCCAAUGGGUCCUGGUCCUAUGGGGCUUAGACCAAUGGGACCUGGCCCUAUGGGGCCUAGACCAAUGGGACCUGGCCCUAUGGGGCAACGGCCAUUGGGACCUGGUCCAAUGAUGGGACCUGGUGGUCCAAUGCCACCUUUUAUGGGUGGUCCACCCAACUUUCAGAUGCCUCCUAAUUUUAUGGGUCCUAAUAACCAAGGGCCUAAUGGUGCCAGUGGACCGCAAGGACCAAGAGGGUUUGGUCCAAUGCCUCCGAAUAUGUGUGGACCGGGUCCUAAUGGACCAAUGCCGCCAUUUUUCCCACCAUUCCCAAAUCCGCAAAUGAUGAGGCCAAAUGGUCCCCCCAAUCCUAAUGACGGCAACAUGCCAUUUAGGGGUUCUAGACCCCCGUUUGGCCCUAAUGGUCCUAAUUUUGGUUCAAAUGGCAAUCAUCCUCCAAUGAGCGCACCUCCAAAUAUACCAUUUAUGCCUCCAAAUUCAAUGCAAACAAUGUCCGAAUCACAAAAAACUGAUACUGGUAUCAUGCCACAACCUGAAACAAUGAAAAUUCAUAAUUUACCACCCCCAAUGCAAGUGAAUACUAUACCUAAACCUAAUGACAUGGAUUUGGCCAAUGUAGCACAAUCAAAUUCAUCACAAGUUUUCUCUGCAGAUCGGAUGCCGCCUUCAGUCCAGCGUGCAGCUUUCGAGGUGGCCAACAACGGAGACCACUGGGAAAAUGUCCUGAAAUCUAUGCACUCCCAAGAUCAAAAUUUGUGGUUUCUGCAUAAUACUAAUUCGAAAGAGUACAAGGCAUUCAUUGAUCUUGUACAGCAAAUGCGCAAUGAUGGUGUUGGAAACAAAAACUCUGAAGUUAAACCGGAAGAUAAAUAUGAACCAGAAUUUAGUUUGGAGGAUGAUGAUAGCAAUGAUACAAAACAUUAUAGACAAGGGAACAGAGACAGCUUUCAGGAUUCAAAACAAGGUUUUGGUUACAUAGCCAAUAUAAAGAGUGAGUACACAAGUUCUCAGAGUGAUGAAGACAAUGAAGUUAAGAGAGAACGAAGGAAGAGGAAGAAGUCAAGAUGGGGUGAUGACCCACCAGUUACAAAUAUCAAACCACCCGGUGUGCUUGCAGAAUUGCCUCCACCAUUGCCAGGCGCAAAAUUAGCUAAAAUAGAUGGAGAAGGACUCAAGCUGACAACGGUGAAUAAGAAUAAUCCUGCCCUCAUGCAAUAUGCGAUGACCAAUUACGGGACAACGAACCUAAGUGCUGAGGACUGGAAGAAGUGUGAAGAUAAUUUCAAAUUGAACUUGCUGUAUCAGGACAUGUUAAAGAAAAGGGAGCAAGUGGAAAAGUUAGCGGCAGCAGGACGGCACAAGUAUGAAUAUGAUAGUGACGAGGACACCUCCGAAGGCACAUGGGAGCAUAGGUUGCGUGCAAAGGAAAUGAACGCGACAGAACGCUGGGCUGAUGAGUUGACUAAGCAAGCGGCUGGCAAGCAUCACAUCGGGGACUUCUUACCUCCUGAGGAACUUAAAAAGUUUAUGGAGAACUAUUCGGCAGUGAAGAGUGGGAAAGAGCCAGACUUGAGCGACUACAAGGAGUACAAAUUGAAAGAAGAUAAUCUUGGGUUCCAGAUGUUGCAGAAGCUGGGGUGGAGUGAAGGGCAAGGUUUAGGUGCUGAAGGGACCGGAAUUGUUGAUCCCAUAAAUAAAGGGAAUAUGCCGGUAGCAAACCUGGGCUUGGGAGCAGCCAGUGGUGACAUGGUCUCAUCACAGGAUGAUGAGUUCGACGCCUACAGGAAGAGAAUGAUGCUGGCCUACCGCUUCCGACCCAACCCACUGAACAAUCCUCGGCGGCCGUACUAUUGAAUUCCUUCAUUAUUUAAAUACAUACUUUUUAAUGGCACAUAAUUUUAUAUAGUAAAUAUACUAGAAACACAUUUUUUUUAAGUUGAUUUGUUUUAGUGUUAAAUAUUUUGAUUACGUAUGAAAAAAAUGUACGUGAAUGUUACAGUAAGAAUUAUUAGGUAUUUUAUGUAUUGCACUUUUCUUUAUCCUAAUGUAUAAACACGGACGAGUAAAAAAAUAAGGACUCCGUGUCACUUACAUAACAGUGAGGCACCAAAACAAGCCGGUAAACGUGUAAAUACAUAGCCCCACGCACAAAUACACUAAUACAAGCCGAUCGGCCGCCAUUAUGAGAUUUGCCAUCGUCUUGUGACAGAUCAUUUUGCGUCGCAGUAAAAUAUUAUAAAAAUGCCGUCGUGCGCUGCGAAAAAUUGUAAAAACGAUACUAUAAUAGUAUUUGUAUCCACAAAUAUGAUUAUUUAAGGUAGAAAAAAUUGUGUAACUGGUAUACCCCGUGACCACACACACACUAGCAUAAAGGUGCUUCACUUGCUAAUAUCACGGCGCGGAGUCCUUCUUUUCUUACUAGUCCGUGUGUAUAAACAGAUAGAUAGAUUAUAUAAUGUAGAUUCCAAUAACCCGCUUUUUGUUUGUUAUUAAAUAAUAUUGCUAUUUUACCGUCUAAAAUUUAAGUAUCUAAGGCUGAGAUCUACAGAGCGUAAGUAAAAUAAACCUGGUUGUAAUCUUAGCAUAAUCUUUGAUUUUGUUUUUAUAGACAUUUGACAGCUGAAAUUAGGCUGAGCUUAAACUAAAACAGCCCAAUGCAGAAGUCAUGUUCGCCUUUUAUGACACUCAGCAAAGUUUUACUUAAGUAAAGUCUGAGCAAAGUAGGCUCUAUAGAUCCCAGUUUUAGUGACGGGUGAUGUGCGGUAUUAUGUUCGGGUUGUUUUAAUGUACACUACGCCUUAGAUGGCUUUUGAUGCGUUUUAAAUAAGAUCGCAAUUUAACACAUAGUUUAGUUAACCCAUAGCUUUCAUGCUUCUGUUAAAAUCAUUUUCACGCCACCCGUAUCUAAGAAACUAUUAUUACAUAAUAUACUUAUUCUUUUUGCAUUUUUUUUAUUUUUUAAAUAAUUAUAUCCGUUUUUUAUUAUCUGUUGAAGCUUUAAUGAAACUAGCACAUAUAUCAUACAUUUCAAUAAAAACUAUUGUAAAACAUAUCUAUCCGAUGUUUGGGAUGAGCAAAAAACAUGAGUGUAAAAAAUUACAUACAGGAUUUUCAAAUAUCACGCCUAUUGCAAUCAAUUUAAGUCUAUUAUUGCUUAACCAUUGACACGCUUUUUUUUCGUUACGUAACCAUUGAGUAGACAGUUGACACUUCAAGUAACGCUAAGUUGUCAAAAUUACAAUUGAAAUGUGUCUUCUACAAAAACUUCCAUUGUGUAUUUUAUUAUGUACUUAGUCGUAAUUUUCUUUAUUGUAAUUACUAUUAUUAAAGAGUUUAAAUAA